CUUAAAAAAUAGUUCAUAAAACAUAAGAGAUCGGGUUUAGAGAUCAGACUUAAAGUGUGCUGGUGUAGAUGGGGUGGACUUUUAGCUCCGUUCAACAAGGUUCUCAGCUGAACAACUAUAUACAAAGAUAAAUGAUCAACGUUCAAAUCAUCAUAUUAUAAGCAAGGAAGAAGGACAAUCGUUCAACGUUCAAAUAAUCAUACUAUAAGCAAGGAAGAAGGACAAUCGUUCAACGUUCAAAUCAUCAUAUUAUAAGCAAAGAAGAAGAACAAAGCUGCGACAUACAGAAACUUCCAAUAAUUAGCGUCAAACAAUAGACGUUAUUUGUUGACAUGGAUGCCAAUUAAUACAAGCUUAAUACAACAUAUGAGAUCGACCUCCCCCGUAAAUAAAACACUUGAUUCCUUCGUUUACAUUUCGAAGACUGAUCCGUGGAAUACAAGACAUACAAUUGAACCCGUUGUGAUGGGCUGUGUCCUUUGAAUACUGAAAAUUAUCUUCAAAUAGAUAAAACGUCAUGUUUUCUUUUGUUGUGGUAGAAGCAAGGAUUUAGUGUGUAUUGGUGUAGAAAGCCUCGAACAACUGACUGUACGGGAGGUCUAGGCUAAUCGUUUUAACAAACUGAUACAAUGAAAUCAAUGUUUAUUGAAAAAGAUCUGAUUGUUUACAUGCAUAUAUAUGCUGGCGUAGUUAGCUGAUCAUCCUAUUUCAAGGCUGGCCUGGUAGAUCAUCUCUAGGUGUCCUGGUGUGAAGUACUCGGAGGGAUACGCCACAAAUUACUGCUCAAUUCAGUUCGUCAAACUUAAGCAAAAUGUUAAAGCUUAUGAUUAUUACUCUCAUUUUCCCCACCAUCGUUGGUUCAAGAUUAUUACUGAGACCAUAUGGACUAGAGUUCCCUUCUCCUUCAGGCAAUAAGAAUGGGUGCAGCUUUGGAAUCCGUAACUACAAGAUAGGUACAACUUGGAAUCCUGAGGUGUCGCCAUUUGGAGUACUUAACUGUGUACUCUGUUCCUGCAUUAAGCAUGCGAAAAAGCCUGGCAACUAUGGUAAAGUCAGCUGCCGUAGCACGAGGAACCGCUGCCCAAAAACAUCGUGUACUAACCCUGAAUUUCAAAGAAACCAGUGCUGCCCUACCUGUCCUCCAGAAUUCGUGGCUCUUCUUGCUCCUUCCCAGUCUUCCUCAAGUAAAUCAUUUUCCCGCGAAAUUGGUUUGGCGCGGGUGCACUUGACUUUGAUCAAGAGGUCUUUACACAUAUCAAUAUAUUACCAAGGCAACCAAAGGCCCAAGACAUUGUUGUUCUAUAAACAAGCGGACAAGAAACUUGGAGAACUGAAUAUACAGAGAAAAUUUAUCAAUGGGACAAAAAUUUGCCUGUUAUGGAGCGACCUGAAUGACCAACAAACCAAGCAGCUCACCACGAAAACCAUUGAUGUAGUUUUGAAAUUUAAAAGGAGAAGUGAAAGUUUAAGAGGCCAGUUGGUUAGCUACGAUGGAUAUUCUGAAGAUGCGUUCGAGUCUGUUUUACAAGCAAAGCUUGAUGGUGAUCUCCACAUGGCAGCCCUGGCGUCGCUUAGACUUUCAAGAAAUAGAAAAUAUCUUCAUGUAACAUUGUACCACAACCGCUUCACGCACACAGGAGGGAAACAGAUUGUAGCCAGUGCACAUUUCAUCAAAGCACCUCAAAGCGGCAACGUACAAGUUUUGCACUCAAUUCCUGUGACGUCACUGCAAACCGAUGGGGAAAUAAAAAAGAUCACGUGGUCUGGAUCAAAUGAGCAGAAUCUUAAGUGGCUGGUUAGAGGGAUAUUGAACAUGACCUUGAAAAUCAAGGCUGGUGGACAGACAGUCGAGAUGACAGGAAGAAUAACUAUUAAGAAAACUUGCAAUGUUAUUUAUGCAUUGAUGGCUGGAAGAGACGCAACAAAACCUACGGUAACGGGAUCCAGUGGUUAUGUAUCAUUUCAUUUUCAAGACAAUGGACAUUUGCAAUACAAGCUUUCCAUUUCUGGACUGAUGCAGCACGUCAUCGAGAUAACCUUGGAAAUGAGUCGAAAAAGACUGGUCAAGAAAUUGUCACGUUCUAUUUCAUCUGACGAACAUUCACGCGUACAGAUAGAAGAUACUUGGGAGAGACCUUCUGCUGCUGAAAUAAGUUUGUUGUUCAGCGGUGGAAUCAGUGUCAACGUACGCACGGCGCUGUAUCGCAAUGGAGAAUUGAGGGGUCACGUGAAACAACUACCAUAUGGAGGUCAUCAUGCUUCCUUUGAAGAUUCGCCGUUUCUCUUGUCUGGAAAUGAAGUCAUUCCCAGUACUCGGACAGGAGCGUCUGGGUUGGCCUGGUUAUCACUAGACCGUCACUGUUCACUCCACUAUAACGUCCUGUUAAAAGGAUUGAAUCGAGGACAAAGCAAUGUCAUCACCGCUGACCUGGAGGGCUUUGCAUUUUUUGGCGAGCAACCGCUGGAAUAUAAAAAGGAGAGACUUACGCUCCGUUCAUUCACGGGAACGAUGAUCUCAGGCGUGGUGCGAGAUUUGGAUGACGAAUUUCUGUCCAACAUGUUUCGUGGUCGUGUCUACCUUCAAAUUAGCAGCAACGACAGUCCACGUGGUGAGCUGCGAGGUCAGGUCCAGUUCAAUGACGGUCCUUGUAGACCACCUAUAACUGGUAUGACCGGUCAAGUGUGUAUAUCCGAGGGACAGACGUACUUUAAUGGAGAGGCCUGGACACCAGAAUAUGAUCAAAAGUGUACCACAUGUUCUUGUAAGGACUCAAAAGUCAUCUGUUUUCCAAUUGUCUGUACGCCACAAAACUGCAGUGAAGCUCUUGUAGUUUUGCCAGACAAAUGUUGUCCCGUCUGCCCAGUGAUGGAAAGUCAACUGAUCCGAACGUACGCGGGAGUUAACCCACCAAAGAUAAAGGGAUGUUUCGUUGACCAAGGAAGCAAGUUCUACCCCAGUGGCUCUGUAUGGCAUCCAUAUGUCGAACCGUUUGGCUACAUGAAGUGUGUUGUUUGUACUUGUCUGGCCAGUAGUAAUGAGAUAAGCUGUAGCAAGGUUCAAUGUGCACAACCAAAAUGCAAAAACCCAGUCAAGAAACACCAAGCAGACUGCUGUGCAAGGUGUCCAGAUUCUGUAAUAAGCAGUAAAUCUGCGGCGCAGUCUAAAGUGUGUCAGUUUGGUCAAAUUACUUACCCUGAAGGAGCAAGAUGGUCACCAUACAUGCCACCCUUUGGUCUCAUUAAAUGCGUCACAUGUCAAUGUCAGAAUAGUAAAGUGAGCUGUAUUACUGUUAAGUGUCCCGACAACUACUGCAAGAGUACUUUUAGUGGAAUGGCGAGCAAAAGUUGCUGUGUGCCAUGUAAUGGUCGAACACGUUAAAAAAUUAGACUCUGGGAUACCCGUAUCCAACACUGGAUGAGAAAGACAGGAUCCCAGGAAAUAACAUAUGAUUGACGUCAAAGGCACAGUUAGCUCAGUUAAAAAUUUGCGGUCGCGUUUUAUGACGACGUUAACACAGCUAACGAAAAUAUUCCAAAUUAAAUUGUUAGAAUAAGCCAACCAUAAUAACUGUAGAGAAACGAUCGCCAAAAUUAAAGAGAAUAGGAAGAAACGACGCAAUAACAAAUAAUCCCUAAAGACAACCUUAAAAUUCUUUGACCAUGUCAAAAUCACAGACAGGAAUACACGGUUAUUAUAUCUUAGUUACUCUAUGAUAACCAUGGUAAUUAUGUUAUGUAUGCUCAUGACAAGGAUCUUCGAUAUGUAAGACUGCAAACAUUUAGAUGUCUUCAACUGAAUAUUAAAUGAAUAAUUAUAAUA